AUGGCACCCGGCCAUCGGCGCUUGCGGCGCUUCUGCGCCGGCAGCGCUGCGCUUGUGUUGGGCACUCCUUCGCUGGAGAUCGCCAGCUUCGCCGACUUUUCGCCCCGGGCGGCCAGCUCUCGCCUCGGUCCCCUCAGGCGCGCGGCCGCGUCGGCCGAGCCAGCGCCGAUAGAGGAGUUGCUGCCAGUGGGUCCCUUCUGCCCCUUUGCCUCUCCCAGGCUCAAAAAUCUCUGUGCGGAUGAGCGCCAUCGGAGCAAGAUGGAGGACAUCGUCACUCGCAUCGACCGCCUCGCAGAGGUGGAAGAUGCGAGUUCCGAGGACCAUCUCGUUCUUAGUCGAGAGAUUCGC